CUCAUUUUGUCCCAAAUGGGAUUUUCUGACAGACAGAAGUCUGCUGAAUUGAAGGAGACCCUGGAGACCUUAUCAGCCUCUGGAGAGGCUUCCAAGAAAACUUUCCAUUGGGUUCCAGGGCUGACAACCAUGAAUCUGGAUGACAACACAAAAUGGCUCAUGUGGGUAGCCAAGCAGUUUGAGAAUAUUGCUGGCCACAAUAAAGAAAUCAACUUGGAGCAAUUCAAAACUGCACUCAAGGUGAAGGAGUCUUUUUUUGCUGAGCGGUUCUUUGCUUUGUUUGAUUCGGAUGGAAGUGGCACCAUCAGCCUGGAUGAGCUCCUGAACACCCUGAAACUGCUGAUAUAUGGGAGUGAAACAGACAAGCUCCGAUUCCUCUUCCAGGUCUAUGAUGUGGAUGGUGGUGGCUCCAUUGAACCGGAUGAAUUACGCAUGGUGUUAAAAUCAUGUCUGAAAGAGAGCUCUAUAUCUUUGUCUGAGAAGAAGCUAGAUGACCUGACAAUGGCUCUUUUUGAGUCAGCAGACUCUGACAACAGUGGAUCAAUAACCUUUGAGGAGCUCAGAGAGGAACUGGAACAUUUUCCAGAAAUCAUGGAGAACUUAACAAUAAGUGCUGCAAGUUGGCUAAAGCCUCCCACAGCUCCACGGAAGAGUCACGCCCCACACCACUUGAGCCUUGUAUAUUGGCACAACAACAUGAACAAGCUUCUUCUCCUGGGUAGCUAUGCAUGUGUGAACGUGGUCCUCUUCAUCUUGGCAGCCCUAAAGCAGGCUGGCUCUGGCAUCUGGACUGCGGUGGCCAAAGGCUGUGGGCAAUGCCUGAACUUCAACUGCGCAUUCAUAUUGGUGCUGAUGUUACGCCGAUCUCUGACCUGGCUGCGGGCCACCUGGGUAGCCAGAGUUUUACCUCUUGACCAGAAUGUCAUCCUGCAUCAGCUGAUGGGCUACAUGGUGGGUGCUCUAACUGCAGUUCACAUGGGAGCUCACAUCAUCAAUUUUGUGAGAAUGUCUCAGGCCAAAGGAGGGUAUCAUCUCUGGGAAUACCUGCUCACCACCCGGCCUGGCAUUGGAUGGAUUUACGGAACUGCCUCCCUCACAGGGCUCCUCCUGCAGCUUCUCAUCGGCCUGAUGCUUGUGUGCUCCACUACCCUGGUCCGCAGGAGCGGUCACUUUGAGGUCUUCUACUGGACUCACCUUUCUUAUAUCCCCGUCUGGGCUUUGCUGAUGGUUCACGGCCCUAAUUUUUGGAAGUGGUUUGUGAUCCCUGGAUUUCUGUUCCUUGGAGAGAAGGCCUUUGCAGCUGCUUUGUCACGUGUCGGUGGGCUGUGCAUUGUGGAAAUCAACCUUUUGCCCUCCAAGGUGACUCAUUUGGUGAUUAAGAGACCUCCCUUUUUCCACUACAAACCUGGUGACUAUGUGUACCUGAACAUCCCGGUCAUUGCCCGGUAUGAGUGGCAUCCCUUCACCAUCAGCAGUGCCCCAGAGCAGCCAGAGACUAUCUGGCUGCAUGUACGAUCGCUGGGGCAGUGGACCUACCGAUUACAUGAAUACUUCUGGAACUAUCAUGAGCCUUUGGAUGACAGUCCUGAAUUUUCAGUGGCCAGAAAAUCAAGGAACAAGAACAGACUCUCAAAAUGUGUGCAGAAAUGUGUCUUUUGCUCCCCUGAUUUGGACCAGCCUGUGGCUACCAGUAAGGAUGAUAUGAUCCAGGUAGUAUCGUACACACCCGUCCAUGAUCCCAGCAUCACUGUAACAGGUGAACCUGAAGAGAUUUCUGGCAGGUCUACCAAGAAUCAUAGAUUCUGUAACAUCAAGUGUUUCAUCGAUGGUCCCUACGGCACUUCCACACGAAGGAUCUUCACUUCAGAGCAUGCAGUGCUGAUUGCGGCAGGAAUUGGUAUCACCCCCUUUGCCUCCAUUUUACAAAGCAUCAUGUUCAGGCAUCAUAUGCGAAAACAAGCCUCCUGCAGCCACAGUUAUUCUUUGGGUGAGAAUAUGAAACUUCAGAAGGUAGACUUUGUUUGGAUCAAUCGAGACCAAAAAUCUUUUGAGUGGUUUGUCAGCCUGCUUACCCAACUGGAAGUCAUGCAAGCCAGUGAAGAACCAAAGGCCUGUUUCCUGGAGAUGCAUUUGUACAUGACCUCAGCACUUAACAAGAGUGACAUUAAGGCUGUUGGCCUGCAGAUGGCCUUAGAUCUGCUUGCAAAAAAGGAGAAGAAAGACUCAAUCACAGGCCUCAGGACAAGAACAAAGCCUGGGAGACCAGACUGGAAACAGCUCUUCCAGAAAAUUGAUAAAGAAGACAAAGGAAAAGUCCAGGUCUUCUUUUGUGGUGCUCCAGCCCUUGCCAAAGUUGUCAAAACUCACUGUGAACAGUUCAGUUUCCCCUUCUUCAAGGAACACUUUUAGCUGCAAGGUGUUAGAUUUUUUCCCCUCUUGGACCAACAUGGUCAUGACUGGUUUGUUUUUAGUGAACUUAAGUAUUCUGUUGUCUUUAAAAAAGCCCUAGAAAACA